ACAAGGUGUUAACUCAGUAGAAUUGAGAUAAUGAUUUCUAGUUUUCACGUACUUGGUAGAGUUCUACAAGUCGACACCUAUUCUACAAGUCGACACCUAUUCUACAAGCUUGACACCUCCCAUGAUGUACUUAUAAUAGAGUAUAUAAGAGCUAAGAGAUCUGGAAGGGGAGACAGACUUGGAGCUCUAGAUGACAGAGAAGACCAGAGAAGACCAGAGAAGACCAGAGAAGACCAGAGAAGACCAGAGAAGACCAGAGAAGACCAGAGAAGACCAGAGAAGACCAGAGAAGACCAGAGAAGACCAGAGAAGACCAGAGAAGACCAGAGAAGACCAGAGAAGAGAGACCAAAAGAGCAGAAGCUAUGGCCUCCUAUCACAUUUCAAAUCUUUGGGAAGAGCUGAAGUGCCCCAUCUGCCUAGAUUUCUUCACAUGUGCCACAUCUAUAGAAUGUGGUCACAAUUUUUGUGCAGAAUGCAUCCAUGCACUUAUGAUCAAGACUUCAAAGUCCAGAUUUCGAUGUCCCAAGUGUCACAAGAAGUGUACGGAGAAUACCCGGCCUAAUAGACAACUGGGGACAGUAGCACAAUCCUUCAAAUUGCUCACACUUCACAUGACCAGGAACUGGAAGCUGAGAGAUGUGAUCAGGAGAAAAUUCUACGAGGAAAUCUUUCUGGAUCCUGAAACUGCCUGUCCUGAAAUCGUUGUAUCCGCAGAUAGGAAAACAGUAAGAAGAAAAGCUAAAUGGAAGAAGCUGUUUUGGAAGAGAUCUAAUCUAUGCGGUGCUGUUCUAGCAACUCAGAGCUUCGAGUCUGGGAGACAUUAUUGGGAGGUGACAGUGGGAAACAGUUCUGCUUGGGAUCUUGGUCUUUGUCAGAACUCUGUGAAAAGAAAGGGGAAAGUUUCACCAUCUCCUUCUACUGGACAUUGGCUUUUGAGUCUAAGACAAGAAACAUAUAUUGUCUGUACCAUGCCUAGGAUGAGCAUUCCCAUACCAAAGAAGCUCUACAAAGUGGGGAUCUUUUUGGAUUACGAGGCAGGUGACAUAACGUUUUAUGAUGUAGACAACAGAUGUCUCAUCUAUACAUUCACCAGUUCCUUUUCUGAGCCUCUCUUGCCUAUGUUUUCCAUCGGCCUCAGCUCCAAGAAUGAAAAUGUUCUGACCAUAGACCCGGUACCAGAUGAGGCUGCAGAAUCCCCAGAACAUGCAUAACCAUGAUCAUAACAUUUGCUUGGAGAUUUCUUUUAGAAAGGAACUCAGACCCUGACUUUUUAUCUCACUUUGGGAGCAGGGAGAAAUUUGUCUUAUUUUGAA